CGACAACCUCCUGUCACAUGUUCCCGCUGUAGGCGCUGAAUGGUGACGUCACUCUCAUCCUGGAUUCACUGGAAGUUUGACAGAACUGUUUAUUUUGGACAUAAAGAAACGGAGGACUGUUCACACUGAGAAACCUUUUCACACCAUGGAGAAGCAGAGGAAAAUGAUGGUUGUGGAAGAUUUUGUGGAAUAUCAUCUUUAUCUGGUAUCCAAUGAGCCAAGAGACCCUGCAAAGCUCAAACAGGUUUUGCAGCAGUACAUAGAAGAGAUACUUGCUAAACUCGCUCCCUUACUGGCAGACUACAUAUGGCAAAACCAAGCUUUCACUCUCAAGUAUAAAUCCAGUAAAGGUGAUGUUCCAGCCCAUAUUGAAGGACUAACACAUUUUGGUGAUAACAUAGAAGAUGAGUGGUUUAUAGUUUACCUGAUCCAACAGAUCACAAAGGACUUCCCAGAACUAGCUGCCAGUGUUGAAGACAAUGAUGGAGAGUUUCUGUUGAUAGAGGCCGCCGAUUUCUUGCCCAGGUGGCUUAAGCCAGAGAAUAGCUCUAAUCGGGUCUUUUUCUAUCAUGGAAAGCUGUGCCUCAUACCAGUGCAGCAAGAUGAGGGAGAUCUGCCAGAUCCAGCAUCCAAUAUGAACAUAUCACAAGCCCUCAUGUUACUCUCUGCACAUCCAGAGGCCUUUACAGCAACAGAGUCCAUAACUAAAGCUAUUGAGCGGAGAAUUAAAGGGUACCCCGAACAAAUUAAGGAUUCCUUCCAUCGAGCCCAUUGUUUUGUUCCUGCUGAGAUUGUCGUUGUAUUAAAGGAGCGUCCACAGUUGGUUUCAGCAGCAGUCCAAGCAUUUUAUCUCCGAGACCCUAUUGACAUAAAAUCCUGUCGCACAUUUCGUCAUUUUAAACCUGAAAGGCGUUUGUUGACAUCGGUGACUUUUACAAAGUGUCUAUAUGCUCAGCUCAGUCAGCAGAAGUUCCAUCCUGACAAGCGCAGCGGAUACACCGUUCCUGCUCUCUCACAUCCUAAGUACAAAGCACAUGAGCUGGGAAUGAAGCUGGCACAUGGUUUUGAGAUCUUGUGCAGCAAGUGUACUGGGUCUGACGCAUUGGCUACAAGGCAUCCUUCACAGAGCCCGCUCUGGACUGGAUUUUUAAGCAACUUGAAAAAGAAUGAUUUCUUUAAGGGUGAAUUAGAGGGAUCAGCACAAUAUUGUGAACUUAUGAAGAAAGCUGAGAUUUACUUCCAGCAGUCAGUAUUCAAGUCAGAGAGUUCAGCAAACCUGAGUCCUGGUGAAGAAGUCCUGAGGUUACUUAGCACCCUGACUGUUAAAAUGGAUGAGCUGAAGAAAGAAGAAGAUCAUCUCUCUCCAGAUGAAGAUGACAGCUGGCUGGACUUGUCACCAGAAAAGUUGGAGCAGAUCUUGCAGAAUGCUGCUGGUUCAAAGGAACUUGGUGCUGAGAAUGAGGAGCAAUACAACUUGUCUGAAGUGACUGACAGCAUGAAGGCAUUUAUCGCAAAAGUGUCUUCACACGAAGGAGCAGAGAUGCCUUGGAAUCCUGCAGAAGCACCAAUCACAUUUGAUGUUGAUUCUUUCACAAGUGCUUUGGAAAAAAUCCUUGGUCCCAGUCCAGAGGAACUUGAUUCUGAUGAUCUAGACUUGGAAGAAGAAUUUGAGUUACUGAACAGUGAUGAUGACGACUUGGAUGAAGAUCAGGCAACACCAGAUGCCCUACAAAGCCUACAAUCUUACAUGGACUUAAUGGACAGAGAACUGGCACAUACACAUAUUGGCAAAAGCUUCACCAAGAAAAAAAAUAUGCAGGGAGGAGUCCAUCAAAAGACCAGUAAAGCUGAUGAAAGUAGCUACGAGGAAGAGGUGAAUGCCGACCAGUCUGAUUUGGCUGCAGUUGAUGUGGACUUAAAUUUGGUCACAAAUAUUCUUGAAUCCUUUAGCUCUCAAUCUGGUCUGGCUGGACCAGCUUCCAAUUUAUUACAAAGUAUGGGUGUGCACCUUCCUGACAAUACUGACCAGGAGACAGAAGAUAGAACUGAACCGCACUAAAAUAAACCCAAGGUCUCUGAGAUCACCAAUAUGGUACUUUCCUUUGUAUUACACAUUACAUAUCUGCUAAUUCCGGAUUUAAGUGGAUUCUGUGCUCUGCAAGAUUGAUGGCAAAAUCCUAGUGUAUGCCAUAGAAAUGUGAUCCAUCCACUGGGACCCCAACCAAUUACAAAAAUGUGAUUUCCCUAGGCAAAGAGCCAUGUCAGUGUAUUGCAGCAUAGACCAUUCAACUACAGUGGAUUAAGACCAAUGAUAUAUUAAAGCCAAAUCCUCGAUAUGCUAGCAAUCUUGAAAAUUACACAUUUUCUAUAUUAUUAUUGUCUACAAAGUCAAUCAAGAAGUGAAAGUCAUGUGUUUCCUCCUAUGUUAAACUGCACUUACUGGUGGCCUGAGCGGAAACAUGGAACAGACUUCUGACAAUUAAUGUACCGCCCAAGGAAAUGCUAGAUUUACAGUUCGGUGGUAUAUUUUCUGUAGGCAACAGUAUUUUCUGUUUAUUUGGUUUCUUAUUGUUUGUAUGACAUAGCACAUUUAUAUAUCCUGGGUUUUAGUUCCCCUCUACACAGGUAGCUGAUCCUUAUGAUAAUAACAGAUGUUUUAUUUAUGCACAUGCAUGGAUAAUGUUGUUCAGAGGCUAUCCAUAAUGCUUGAAAGCAGUUAAUCAACAAUGGUCUUUAUAAUGUUUUCAGUGCCUUAAACAGUGGAGACACACAGCAUAUCAGUGGUACCAAUCAUAUAGUUAUAGUAAGAAAACAAUUGCUAAUACAGGGGUGUGUGGAACACUAGGAUAGAAUAUACAACAGAGCCUGAUGUGGCAUGCUAUAUUUGUAGUAUUUAGGUUUGUUUUGUGCCUAAAUUGCUGAAACAUUCUGGAUCUAUAUGUGUGUAUAUAUAUAUGUGUGUAUACACUGACAUUAUUUGUGACGGUUUACUUUUUUAAUGUAUAUUUUUUGUAAAUGUACUUUUCAUGAUGAAGAAAAGUUAUCAAAAUGUUCUACAAUAAACAAUUGAAGAUAUUUAUCAUAAAGUUCUGCUUGGUUCAUAUAAUAUAUGAUAACUGGCAGUCCUUAAUGGUAUAGUCCAGCUGUUAUAUAAGGGACCAAACCAUAAGUCACUCCCUCUUUCUUUGCUGCUUUGUCAAAGGUAAAUACUGCUCAAUUUUCUCCCAGUCACUUACCACAUAUAGUUUAUUCAUUUAUUUUAUUAAUUUCAUACAUAAUUCAUUAUCCAUUUAUUUCAUCAGAUAUAUUUCAUUAUCUAUUAAUUUAUUCAUACAUUAUUUAGUCCAUUUCAUAUAUAUACACUUAGUUCAUCCAUAGUAGAAUACAUUUUUCCACCCAUAUUGAAUUAUUUUCUUCAUUAUCAUUAUAGAUUAUCAUAAUUUUCCCUGGUUUCGGUACAUUGCCGGCAACCAGUCACUUCAUUUUUCUCUCAGACACGGUCUCUCCCGUUCUAAGCUGAAUUUCCCGCUCUCUAAUCACCUCAGCAUCUUCGCGGCAUCUCCUGUCAGCGCAGGCUUCUCCUCUGCAGCGGUGCCGAACGGAGCUGUAUCUCCACUACAGAGUAUCUCCUCACCUAUAUCUCGUUCCUAUUCUAUUGCUGUAUCCCUUUCCUAGCUUAUAUAUUUGGUGUAUUAGUAUAUAUAUGUAUUUAUAUAUACAUAAAUAUAUGUAUGGAGAUAUAUUGAGACGCAUCACUCACUGUGUAUGACAUCUUUCAGUCAUUAUCUGCUGCAUAUAUCACCACUUCUGUAUU